UUGCAUCACGCCCUGCUCUGUGUCAUGCAUGUGCUCCUUUUCAAAGUUUAGUAUCGGUUUAGUUCGCAGUUGGAUUCGUGUUUUUGAGAGAACUUAUGUUUGGCUGUAGAUUUGUGAAUGUCAGUCAGAUCCAUGUCACCCAAAUCAUGAUGACUGAUGCACAGAGAAGCACGAGGAGCUGCAGAGGUUUGAAGAAUGACGAUGGGUAUGAAAUUUCUAUUCCCUUUGAGGAUAAUAGCCUGGAUGAGUCUGGUUUCUAUAAUCAAAAUGACCACACCUUCAAUGAGUCGGCCUCCGGCCAGAUUCCUCCUUGCAGUCCAUACCUUCUGAUUACCAGCCUCCGAGCACAACCGCAGAUUUCUCUGGAAAAAAACUCCUGGCUGCAAAAACGCAUCGAAGAUCUGGAGGAGGAGAGGGACUUCCUGCGCUGCCAACUUGACAGAUUCAUUUUCACCACCAAGAAUCAGGAGAGCACUGGCAUGAUUGGAAAAGAAACGGAAGCAGAAGCUGAGCCUCAACCCACCACUCAGAAGCAGCUUUUAUUUUCCUACAUUUCGUUAUUCACCUCAGAUCAAGAAGAGGAGGAGGUGAUUGAGAAGGAAGAGUAUAUAGCGGAGGAAGACUAUGUGGAAGAGGAGCAAGUUUUUACAGAUGACGAUGGGACCGAGAGUAAUAGCUCACGUAAGUGUCGUUCAGGCUGGCAGAAUAGCCAGACGAGGGUGAAAAGACGACGUGUCUUCCGUAUCGCUCGAAGCAUGGAAAGACAAAGAGUUAAAGACCCUGCAGGUGUUCUGCUUCGCUACAAUAAGAUCCUUGUGACCUAUCAGAAGUUGAAGAGUAUGUCUAGAGCAUUCCAGGUCCACGGGGUUGACCGAAACACUGUCGCCUCCACCACUCCUAUCGCUGAAAUGCUUUUGGUUGCUCCUGAGAAGGUAUCUGAAGCUGGUGAGUUUGAUUCCUCCAAGGAAAAGCUUCUGGAUUAUGCAAGACGCUGCUAUAAAGCUCUUGACGAGGACGCUCACGCUAAGGUGCAGGCCUUGAAGAAGAACAACCUCUUGCUGCCCAUUUCUUACAGGUUCAGACACUAAAUUUCCACAAAUAUAUUCCUUUUUUUUGGGGCCUUUUAUGGGCUUUUUUUAUUAUUAUUUUUUUUAGAUCUACACAUUUGGAGUGCAAAACUGUUCAAAUCCCAACUCUGUGCCAACUCUGUGAAUAAUUGACAAAGUGUGUAGAUUCCAAGAAUGGCAUGUUGACCAAAUAUUUGAACAAAUACUGUACAGUUUUGAAAGUUAAAGAGAAAACAUUUAUUUGGGUAAAUAAAUAAAGGGAGAAGAACAAUUGUGAGAUAAAUAGUCAGUCACUGUAUAUGAAGGGUUACCUGUCCUUAUUUUGUAUAUAUGCUUAAAUUUCUUAUUGUAAAGUUUGGAAACUCACUCCUUCAAUAUAAGCGACUUUGUCUUUGUUUGUGUUCAUAAGUUGGGGAUCAUGCAAGACACCACUUUUCUUUAGUAUCCUGACCCUUGUCAUCACAUUUGGACGACAUAUGUCAGGCUAAAGAUUAUUGAAUAAAAAUAAAGAUCACAGCUUGCUGCCAUCUAAAAGAAAGAAAGGAAAUUGUCUUCCUAAAUCAUGUUCAGAGUUUCUAAACUUCUUUCUAAAUUUGCUAUCAAAUAAUAAAGGAGCAACUUGUUCUUUGAUUAGUGGCCUUGGCUAUAACAAUCUGCAGUUAUUUCCAUGCAAAACGUAACGUACAAAAAGAGUAGUAGUUGAUGGGCUCAUCUGUUUAUCAUUGAAAUCACUUGGUUUGAAGUGUAAUGCUGUCUUAUUAAAUGACUGUGGCACACCAAUGUGGUGUUAUACUGUUUAAAUCAUAUUAGAUUUCACAAUUGAGCAUUACAAAAAAAAAAUGCAAGCCCUUUCCUUGUUUGUAAUAUGGGACUACUUAAGCACUGUUUUUGUUUUUUUUGUUUUUUUGUGAUUGACAAAAGGGAAAAGAAAUGUAAAAGUCCGAUCUUUGAGAUUGUUUGUUGAUUUAAAAUAUUAUUUAUGAGACAAUGUUGUUCAACACGUUCCUUUAGUAGUUUAUGGUAUGCCUGUAGAAGAUUAAAUGUAAUACUAAAACAGUGUUUUUACAUUGCAACGUCCAUUUAAAGGCUUGAAUUACAUUUUUGUUAUUGUGAUCAUGUAUUAUUUUUCCUAUUAUUACUAUUCAUUUCAAAACUGUACCCUGCUGUUAUUAAACAUAUCUCCAACACAGUA